GGUGCUCCGGCCGCCUCCCGCUGCCCGCCAUGCCGCCGGCUGACGUCACAGCCCCGCGCCCACUGACGUCACAGCCCCGCGCCUCCUGGCGUCACAGCGCGGUGUCCGCAGGAUGGCGGCGGGCGGGAGGUGAAGCCCCGAUGGAUCCCGCAGCUCUCGGCCGCCUCCGGCGCCUCCUGCCCGCCGGACCCCGGGACCCCCGGCUCAGCCGCGCUCUGGUGGUGCCCCACGGCGAGCAGGGGGGUCCCGAGGGGGCCGCGCGGCCCCUCCGGCGGCUGUACGAGGUGCUGGGGGUGCCGGCCACGGCGACGGCGGCGCAGAUCAAGACCGCGUACUACGAGCAGUCCUUCCGCUACCACCCCGACCGCAACCCCGGCAGCGCCGCCGCCGCCGCGAGCUUCGCCGCCGUCAGCGAGGCCUACCGGGUGCUGGGCAGCCCCGUCCUGCGCCGCAAGUACGACCGGGGGCUGCUGAGCCCCGAGGAGGUGAGCAGAGCCCCCCGGCCCUCGGGCCGCCCGGCUGCCCCCGCUCCGCCGCCCCCCAGCGCCACCGCCACCGCCCGCCGCGGGCCCAUCCCGCCGCCCUUCGACUUCGACACCUUCUACCGGGCGCACUACGGGGAGCAGCUGGAACGGGAGCAGGAGCUGCGGGCGCGGCGGGCGCGGCUGCGGCUCCGCCGGGAGGAAGAAGCAGCCCAGGGCCGCCUCGGGCUCUUCUCCGACUUCUCGGUCGGGAUCUUCUUUUUCCUGGGCUUCGCCAUCCUGUACGGCCUCAAGUGACAGCGGGGCCGGGCAGCGACCGCGGCACCCGAGCCCCGGGGCUGCGCCGGGAUGGUGCCACCGGGGGACGUGGCAGCCGGCCGGGGGGGUGUCCCCGGCACCCGCGUGGCUGGCAGGGGCCCGAUCCUCAGCCUGGGACGUUUCCCCUCUGUCACCGUGACCUUCAGACACGGCCCGUGGCCGCCAGGCACCAUGCACGGGCUCUGCACCUGAGGCUGGGACUGUCACUUCUGCCAGGGUGACCUUCAGAGGUGGUGCAGGAGCAGAGAGCUCUCCCUGCAGGCUCUGUCACCUGGUCCCCUCUGUGACCUUCAGACACAAAGUGCAAUGGCAGGCACAGCACGUGGCUGGGAUGUGUCCUCCACAGCAGUGACCUGCAGGCUGCCCUGUGUCCUUGCCACCAGUGUGACCUUGGCAGGGUCAGGGCUCUCCAGGCUGUGCUGUGCGUGCUGUGACCUGCAGAGACACUGCCUGGCAGAUAAAUGUGCUUCAUGGAUUCUGCUGUGUGGACAGAUCUGUGUCUCCUCCAGUGACACAGCUGUUUGGCCUCAGUGGCAGCCACCUGCCUGUUUAGAGCUGCAGCAGGGAUGAAAUGGCUGCCAGUGGUGGCUGUGUGCUGUCUGUGUUCCUGGAGGGUGCUCGAGAUGUGGCUCCCUGGGGCUUCCUGUUCAUCCAGCACCUGCCACCUUGUGUCCUCCCUCCUGUUGUUACUACAUCUUUGGGGAGUUUUGGGAAUGUCAGUCUCCAAGCCCCAUCACUGCCCCUGUCUGUCCCUGUUCAGGGUGUUCCUGGCUGUGUGGUGAGGACAGGAAUCUUGGUUUCAGCAGCCUGCAACUGGGCCCGUGGUGGCUUGUGUCCUGGUCAGCAUGCAGCUGGAGGUGCCUCCCAAAGCAUUUCUAUGUUCAGAACACCCUGUCCUGUCUAGGGCUUGCCAGGAACUUCAUGCAAGAGCAUCCUGCACAGGCGUUUGUGGCUGGAGUGGGACACUUUAGAGCAGGAGUGGUGAUAUUUGUGUUGUAUGUGUAUGUAAGCAUUGUUUGCACAUAAGAGUAUUUGCCUAUUGAAGUGUUUUAAGAGCUGAAGAUUGUGUCUCAGAGCUUCUGUCUCUCCUUGGGUGAGGGUUUCACCUCUGCUGUGCUGAACCACACGGAGUGAGCAAAGCUUCCUGGUGCUGAGUGUGACAAAGGCCUCAUCUCUCUGACUUCGCACUGGGUUUGCAGGGCUUGGCUGGCAGUGGUGGCUGUGGGAGCCUCUCACUGCAGCCACCCUGGGUCAUGUUUUCUCCCAACACAAAGAUGUUAAAAGCAAAUCUCUGUGUUUUUCAACUGUAGUUCUGUGGUACUGAGCUGGGCCUGAGGCAGGAGCCUGGCAGGGAGUGCAGUGUCUGCUGAUGCAGAUGCCUUGCAGGGGAACUUUCUGCCUCUUCUGGAAGGCAUUGUGCUACCUGCAGACUCCAGAAACUUCUGUGUGGUUGGAGAAAAUUCAUCCCAGAGGCAGAGCUUUCCUGGAACCUCUCUGGUUAUCAGUCCAUCCCUCUGCAUAGCAUCACAGUCCUGAGCAAUGUGUGGAGAGCAGGAGCCUGGGGUCAGCAGCACUGGUUAUGCAGGGAAAGUCUCCAGAGCUGUGGCUCUGUGUCACAGUCUGAUGCUUUCCCAUGCUGUAAACCAAGUGACUUGAAAGCCGAGGUGGCUUCCUUGGCUGAGUUUGGCAGGAAAUGUCCUCUCCCAGGCUGGAAAAGGAUGGGAUGUCCACAGAAGUGAUGGAUACCAGGCAGCACCUCUCUUGCUCCUGCUGCCAUGGCUUGCAGGUUCCUAAGGCAGCCCUGCCAAACACAAGGGGUUCUCUGGGCUGAUCUUUCUUCAGUGUGUGUGUAGUGCUGGGGCUGUUCCACAGCUCCUUACCCAGCCCUGAGGCAGGCAGGGAGAGGAGCUGGUGCUGGGUCAGGGGGGCUGAGGCUGCUGUGUCACCCAAACAGCCACGACUGCCACCCUGCUGCCUGGGCUGAGCUUCUGCUCCUUGUCUGGUGCUCGUGUCUGAAACUGGGGGUGAAGCACCCAGGCAUAAAAACUGAGUUCCUCCCACGUGCCUUUGGGUGGGUGGUUUGGUCAGUUCUUCCUCAGGGUCUCUGUGGUGUAUCUUAAACAUUAAAAAUAUCCAUCCAGAAACUGGU